AUGGCUACAUUCGACGAUGCCGAUUUUGGCGUGGAAACGCCCACACAGCCUGUCCAGAGCAGCCAGCCAAAUGCUGCCGGCGAGCACUCAGCAAACCCAGCUCAUGCUGGGGCUUUGGCUAUCCCAAUGUCACCAAGCUCGUUUUCUCACGAUGCAAUUGAGGUACCUGCCACACGGUCUCCUCACGCCGAUGCAUCCAAGUACAUGCACAAUCUUUCUCUGUCACCCUCAAUGAGAGAUAGAAGGGCGUCGCGAAACUCUUUCGGAACCUCUCUUCCCAUCCCGCGUUCCAAGAGGCAGUCUCGUCUCAGCUCUGUCCAUCACAUCGACCGAGAUGCGAUUGCGGGAUCAGGCGCAGUUCCUAUUCGAGCCACCAGGGAGAUCUUGGCAGCACAAAUCCAAGACAUCUCUGCAGAUAAGGCCAAGAAGGCCAAGAACAUGGCAUUUGUCUUCGAUAUCGAUGGUGUGCUGGUGCACGGUGAUCGACUCAUCCCAGAGGGAAAGAGAGCACUGGAGAUCUUGAAUGGAGACAACGAGCUCGGCAUCAAGAUCCCUCACAUCUUCCUGACCAACGGUUCAGGCAAGCCAGAGCUGGCCCGCACGCAGCAGCUCGCCAAGAUCCUGCAGAACCCUGUCAACACAGAACAGUUCAUCCAGUCACACACUCCAAUGCGUGCUCUGGCAGAGUACUAUGGCACAGUGUUGGUAGUUGGUGGCGAAGGAUACCGCUGCCGAGAGGUGGCCGAGCAGUAUGGAUUCCGCGACAUCGUGGUGCCCAACGACAUUGUCGCAUGGGACACCACCAUCGCCCCUUACCGUGUCUUCACAGACGAAGAGCGUGCCAGUUCACGACCUCGUGACUUCUCUCAGGUCAACAUUGAGGCCAUCCUUGUCUUCUCCGACUCAAGAGACUACGCCACCGACAUGCAAAUCAUCAUCGACUUGCUCCGAUCCGAGGACGGUCGACUGGGAACUAUUGCCGCCGACCCAGUCUCUCAGCGGAUCCCCAUCUACUUCUCACAAGGCGAUAUGCUCUGCCCUACCGAGCACCCUAUCCCUCGUAUGAGCCAAGGCACAUUCAGAAUCGGUCUCGAGGCCAUGUACAAGGCGCUCACAGGAGUUGAUCUCGAGCGUGUGGUGUACGGAAAGCCUGAGAUGGCCACGUACAAAUAUGCUGACGAGGUCAUCGCAUCGUGGAUGGAGCAGCUGCACGGCGAAGAGCGUAUCCCCGAAAACAUCUACAUGGUCGGCGACAACCCCGCCUCAGACAUCAUCGGCGGCAACAUGUACGGCUGGAACACCUGCUUGGUGCGUACUGGUGUCUUCCAGGGCGGCGAGAACGAUGAGUCCAACCCAGCCAACUUUGGCGUCUUCCCCAAUGUCCUGGAGGCUGUGAAGACUGCCUGCCGUAAGGAACUUGGAGAGUCGUUCGGUUUUGAGUGGGAUGACCGCAUCAACCCCGUGCUGCACGGCUCCAAGCAAGUUGCAUCGGCGAUUGAGUAA